AUGGGCACUGGCAUGUCCCGAAAGAUGAAGCUCGCGCUGGCAAUUACAAUGUUACUGGACUACUCAUGCACAGACCAGUACCAGCCUAACAUGCCAGAAAUGGCGAGGGCGUUCCAUGUGUCUCCAGCUGAAAUGGGGUCCACGAUCCAGAUCCACCUGUUCAGCUGCGCCCUUGGCAUAGUGUUCGUUGGCCCCAUUUCAGAUCGAAUGGGCAGACGCCCGGUCAUAUUGGCGUGCCAGUGGAUGCAGGCAGUCAGCACGUUCACAUGCAUGUGUGCGACAAACCUCGGCUGGUUCAUGGCCGGGCGUGUCGUUCAAGGUUUAGCAGCCUCCGUGUACGUCGUCGUGCUCGCGAGCAUGCGUGACUGCUAUGAGGACCCAGCCAGUAGCCUGCAGGCAAUGGGUACCAUGAUGACGCUGAUAUUAAUUGGCCCUAUCUUUGCCCCUGGUUUUGGAGGGCUCUUGGGUUCUUACUUUGGAUGGAGAUUUCCCUUUGGCCUGCUGACGGUCGUGGCGGUGCUUCUCGCAUUCACGAGCUGCAUAGUGGUCACUGAGACAGCUGCUGCACGUGAACACAGCUCCAAAAUAGUGGUACAAGUCCGUCGCGCGAUUGGCAGCCGAAGACAGUUACUGAUCCUAGUCAACGUUGGAAUCACCAAGAGCUUGUUUGACAUAGUUAUUUCCACCAAUGGCUUCAUUUUGGAAGAUCGCUAUGGCCAGACAGUUCUAUCUGCCUCAUUGUAUACCGCAGCAUUCGCGGUUUCAUGUGCCAUGGGCUCCUGGGUGUCUGGUCAGUUGAGCAAGAAACCGACCGAAGUGAUGAUGAUGUUCACUCCGCUUGUGCUACUUGCUGCUCUGGCGUUAGUCUUGGCUGGCAUAAUGUCAGAAAGCAUGGGCGGAUACCUGAGCAGUAUUGCAUUCCUGCAGUUUGCCAUUUUCCCGCCGAUUAUGUCGUUCCACGCGGAGUUUUCACAAGACUUGAACGAUAUUGCUGGAGUCGCCACAAGUGUCGAUUUGUUCUCCCAGUACAUGCUAAGCUCUGUGAUUUCUUUGCUUGGGAUCUGGGCCGCGGAGCAAAGUACAAGGGCGAUGCUGUUUACAAUGGCUUGUUUGGUGAUUCUGACUGAACUCAUCACACGGACAGGCAUAUGUCCACCUACAAGUUUUUUUGGUGAGGCGCUGCUCCUUUCGGCAGAGACAACGCUGGCGCAGAAAUGA